AUUUUUUCAAUUUUAACAAUUAGUUCAAUCCUUCUAUUAAUUUCUAUAGUAAUUAUACUUUUAGCUUCAAUUUUAUCUAAAAAAACAAUUGUAGAUCGUGAAAAAGCUUCACCAUUCGAAUGUGGAUUUGACCCAAAAUCAUCAUCUCGUUUACCUUUUUCACUUCGAUUUUUUUUAAUUACUAUUAUUUUUUUAAUUUUUGACGUAGAAAUUGCAUUAAUUUUACCAAUUAUUUUAAUUAUUAAAUUUUCAAAUAUUAUAUGCUGAACAAUUACGUCUAUUAUUUUUAUUUUAAUUCUAUUAUUAGGACUUUAUCAUGAAUGAAAUCAAGGAAUAUUAAAUUGAUCAAACUAA